UCCAUUUAGUAAAUGCGAUUCAGCACAAAACAUUAUCAAGCUUAUUCUCCUCUGUCAGUCGCUAUCAGUCGAAUCAAAACUGUUUUACCGUAGACAUCAUUUUAAAAUUGAAAACCGCAAAAUGGAGUCAGAUUAUGAAAGUCUGCUGUCACCAGUACCGGAGGAAUUGCCUGAAGUCCCUUUUGUAAAACUCGAAGAGCCUGCUGAUCUCCCAACGGAUAGAAUAAAAAGAAUUCUCGAGGGUGACGAAAUUAACACAUUCAUGGAUAGGGAAGAUCUUGAAGAAGUCCUCUUGAGAAGGGUUCACGAGGAACAAGGAGGAGCUUUCUUUGGCUGGAAACUGUACCAGAGCCUCAAGGACAAGGAAAAGAAAAGGGAAGAGAAAAAAAAACAGAAACAAAAAAAGAAGAAGUAAAUUGCAAAGUAACUCCGACUGUUUUUUCUCUGCAUUCUUCUAUAAUCCAUGUUUUGUUUGUAUUCUUCAUGAGCAAGCUUAGAAACCAAAUUUCUAUCGGGAUUCCUUGACUGUCAAUUCAUUUUAUUAACAUCCCGCCUCAGGAAUAAUGCAAUUCCAUUUUUUUUCAUUAGUUGUAUUUCAUAUGUAGUAUUAAAAGUGAGUUCAAAUCUUCCAUAAUUUUAUUUUUCACAACAAUGGUUGAGCAAUGCCAAAUUUAAUUUAAGGACUUAGUGUUAACAUUCCAUUUCCAUUAACAAAGAUAUGCGAUUUAAAGUAUAGGACCAAUGUUCUCAUGUACAUUGAAUUUUUGUGGGUUGUGUAAUAGUACAAAAUGUAAUUAUAUUAUUUUUAAUGGGUGUGUCUAUGCAAUAUAGCUAUAUGUGAUUUUUAUUAUCUUCAGACAGUUAUAUAAAAUGUGGUUAUUUUUAUAAAAAAGAAAUAAAAGAAUCCAAACAAA